CUCAUUCUUGCCUCACCCAUAGACCGCGAACGGGUCUCCGAGUGCGCGCAUUUUAAAGGGACAUUCACGCGAAAAUUGCCGCAAAAUUAAACCACAACAGAAAAAAUUCGCCAGGCACAUUUCGACGGACUUACCUUGAAAUUAUUGAAAUUAACAUGCCCGCGUUUUGUGGCCGUGCAGUAGCGGAACGGUGAAUAUGUGACGAUGUACGGAGGGAGGUUUUCGAAAAUGUGGUGCGAUAGGUAACAAAAAAUGGCAUUAGUGGAAACGUGUUUUUGUUGUAGUGUGCCCAUCGCGUCCGGAUUUUUCGCCGCCUAUUUAUUGAUCGCCUAUUUGAUAGCAUUUGCCUUUGAGCUGCUAUGGAUCCUGGAGUCAUCCAUAGCGUUGCCAGCAGCAGCGGUUUUGCUGUGCGCUGGCUUUUUUGCGAUGGCCCUUUUUGCAGCCCUGCUUAUCCACGGUUUAGCCACUAAAAACACACUAUGCCUGAUAGCAUGGAUGUUCUCAAUUACAAUUUUGACAUUCCCUGAAGCUGGAUUGGUGAUGUAUAUGAGCAUCCAAUAUUGGAGAUUGGAAACCAUCUAUGGAAUCACGGAAUUGUCAUGCUGGUUGAUUAGAAUAGUGGUAAAUGUGAUAGAAUUAAUAUUAAUUCAGUCCCUCUAUACGAUGUGGAAGGAUGAGGAAAUGGUAGUGAAGAGAUUACGAGACUUAAAUAUGACGGCCAUACCGAUCCCAAGCGAGAAUUUGGCACCGCUCAACAGUCAGUAUUAUCAAAAUAAUGGCUACGAACACUCCAUGGAUCACCUCAACACCAACCUCAAAAGAUUUGGUUCCACCCCACACAUAUGGAACGCGGUACCGAACAACAUGUUAUCGCUGCCAAUCGAGGGCUAUCAGUACUGCACAACUCAGAGCGAGUUCAACGCCAGCAUUUUCAUGCCCACCAAUUACAUCAGCAACGAAAUGAUGGGUAAGAAGGCCCAGUCGCUGAUGGAUCUGCGACUACUCGAAGAGCAUUCGGUCCUGCAGGAGAAUCUGACGAAUCAACAAAAACCCUGGGGCACCGAGUCCCUGAUGGACGUCAACAAUUACCAAAUACAAGAGACCAAGUCGGACAGUCCGAGGAUGGUGAAGUGCGCUUCAAUGGACGCGUUGAAUAAUAAAAACAAUCACAUAAUCAAAAACAGGACGGGUUUCUACGCUCAACCAAUACCCAAUUACGGCGUGCCUAUCUAUUACGGGCCUUUGGACGGGCCGGACUUUUUGAUUUAUAAGAAACAGGUGGACAAACUUACCAGUAAGAACUCAUUGAGCAACGCGUCUGCGGACGAUGUACAAAAAUAUAGGGACGUGGCGCUCUAGUUGUAAAUAUGUUGUAAAUAAAUUUGCAUGAGUGAUAAAUACAACGAACAGGUUCGAGGGCAGCAACGAAGAAUAUUUUCAACGCUACAUCGAAACAAAGACUUUUAUUUUAGCCAAGUGUCAUAUUACACUUUUAAUGAAUUGCUGGCAAUAUUCUUUUGCCGCCUGGAACACUCCGUAAUUGAAAUAUUAAUAUAUUAUUAAAUACAUUUCACAACAUACAUCCGUUCUCACUGAGACAAUUUCAAUGAAUAAUUUCUUUAUGACUAGACUACCUUGUAAAGACAUUAUUUAUAAAGAAACGAUUUCUCAGCCUACUUCAACUUAUAAUUUAUUAUUUUUAUGUUUAUCAAUUAUGUCGCAGACGCAAAUAAUUUGUAUUCAGUUAUAUACUUAUCGGAUAUUAUGAAAACGAAGUUGUGAUUUAUUUUCGAUAAAAUAGGUUAACAGCAGUAUUGUGUGAUUAGAUACAAUUUAUUGCAAUUAUUUUAAUUCUUUUCAUGGAAUUGUUUAUUACUUGUAAUAAAUUGACCGCUGGUUAUUAUUCAUAUGAUUAUAUUAAGCUAUUAAAUAUGGAAAACAAAACUGUCUGUGAUUAUAUGUUUAUUACCUUAGUCCUUCCGUUUGUAUUGUGCAAUAACCCUUUGAUAAUUAUCCACCCAUAGAUAAAAACAGGUGAAAUUCUAAAUAUAAAUAAAAGAAAUGUGACAAA